ACAGUUUUUAAAAACACUGAUAGAAACAUUGACAAACCCAUUGAACUUAGCAAAACAUAAAGUGCCUCGUUUUUGUUCGCAGCCUCUACUCCGUCACACGGCCAUCUUCUUUUUGAUGAAGGAACCAAAGUCGUAAAGCGAAAUGGAGGUAUUUAUUAUAGUGAAAAGAAAGAACUUAACCAUGUUUCUUGAUGGUAAAAUGACCACAACGGUGUUUGAAGUUAAGAAAAUGAUCCAAGGCAUCACUAAAAAGCUACCUGAAGACCAAAGGCUAUUGCUGUUACAAGAAAACAGAGAAAUGGAAGACAAUAAAACAUUGGCAGAUUAUGGUCUUACUAGUCAAGUAGCAAAAGCCCAGACUCCGGCACUUCUGGCUGUCACUUACAAGAAUGAAGAUGGGCAGUUUGAAGAAGUUGAUUUUACACCUCUGUCACAACCACCAGACCCACCAGAGGCAUUGAAACAACCUGAUUCCUCGAUUAUGUCACAACACAAGUCAUAGCUUCACUACACAAGACUUAGCUUGAUGAAAGAAGUGUUUCUGUAUGAACAAACAGCUAAUGUCAUUCUUAAUCAUAAGUAAAUUCAGGUUAUCAUGUUGCUGUUUUACAGCCCUGUCUUGUUGUAUCCUAGUCCAAUCAAAUUAUACAGGCUUGCUGCAUUCUAGAUAACCUCAUGUCUUACCUUUUUGUGUCGGACUAUUAUUAUUUACUCACAUUCCCAUAUUUUUUUUUCAAUAUGAAAUCAACAAUGCCAGAGGUUUUCUUUAUUAUUUGCUAAAUGCCAAUCUCCAAAAAAUAUACACUGUUAAAUUUAAAUGCCUUUUUUAAUCUUUGCUUUUCUCUCCAGUCUAAAAGUUCAGAAUUUGACCAUUUUUUUGUAAAAAUUCAUUUCUCAGCUUUGGAUUUAAAUCCUGAGAUAACUUCUUGCAGUAAAUUCUUUCUCCUUUUGUGUCAGGUUCUUUACUUUUAGGAUUAAAGUGAAGAAUGUAUUGUUAAAAAAUCCCUCAAGUUGCUUAAUUAUUUUCUAAGCAUAUGUAAAUUUGAACACUUUUCCUGUCAGUAUGGUCUUAUUUUUAUUGUCACUAUUUUGUGCAAAUACUUAAGAAACAUUGAUGUUUAAUGCAUGAAUUUUUUCUGAAAAUGAAAUGGACUGUCUUUA